GUCUCUAAGCGCUCUCUGACGGCAGCUUCAGCUCAGCUAGCAGCUCGAGCUAAUCCGGCUAAGAGCUAACGGCUAACGGCUAGCUACUGGCGCUAUGAUGGCGGAGCUGGUGCAGGGACAGGCCUCGAUGAACCAGCCGGGGCUGAAGUCAGACGGCCUGGCCGAUGUUUUACAGAGGGCCCGGCAGAUGGUGGGUAAGAUGGGCGGAGAAGCCAUGUCCCACCUCAACAGCUCCUCAGGAAGUGUCGAGCCUUCGCUGUACUACCCCAGCCAGAAACGACCAGGAGAGGAUGGAGUAGGUAACCAGCUAGCAGCCAUGGGGCAUCAAAGCAGGGUAAUCACAGAGGAUUACAAGGUCCCCGACAGGAUGGUGGGCUUCAUUAUUGGCAGAGGAGGAGAACAGAUCACUAGGAUCCAGUUGGAGUCCGGCUGCAAGAUCCAGAUCGCUGCUGACAGUGGAGGUCUGAUGGAGCGGCCGUGUUCUCUGACUGGAACUCCAGAGAGCAUUGAGCAGGCAAAGCGGCUUCUGGUCCAGAUCGUGGACCGCUGUAGAAAUGGUCCGGGUUUCCAUGGCGAUGGGGAGGGCGGGGCCUCAGUGCAGGAGAUGCUGAUCCCGGCGAGUAAGGUGGGGCUGGUGAUUGGCCGAGGAGGAGACACCAUCAAACAGCUGCAGGAGCGAGCAGGAGUAAAGAUGAUGAUGAUCCAGGACGGCCCGAUGCCAACAGGAGCCGACAAACCCCUUCGUAUCUCUGGAGACCCGUACAAAGUGCAGGCCGCGAGGGAGUUGGUGUUGGAGGUGAUCAGGGAGAAGGACGGAGAUUUCAGGUCGGGACGCAACGACUUCAGCGCCCGACUGGGAGGAACCAGCCUGGACGUCCCAGUUCCAAGGUUUGCUGUUGGUAUUGUGAUCGGCAGAAAUGGAGAAAUGAUCAAGAAGAUCCAGAAUGAUGCAGGGGUCCGAAUCCAGUUUAAAACAGAUGAUGGCAUCAGUCCAGAGCGUGUAGCCAUGGUGAUGGGACAACCAGACCGCUGUCAGCACGCUGUCCACCUCAUCAAUGAGCUCAUCCAGACUGCACAGGAGCGUGACGGUUUCAGCUCAGCCCUGCGGGGCGGGAGGGUCAGAGGUCGUGGUGACUGGACUAUGGGCUCUCCUGGUCCUCUGCAGGAAGUGACCUACACCAUCCCCGCUGACAAGUGUGGCCUGGUCAUCGGCAAAGGAGGGGAAACCAUUAAGAGUAUUAACCAGCAGUCUGGAGCUCAUGUGGAGCUACAGAGGAACCCUCCGCCUUCCACCGACCCCAACACCCGGGUCUUCACCAUCAGAGGCACCGCCCAGCAGAUGGACCUGGCUCGCCAGCUCAUAGACGACAAGAUCGGGGGUUCAGGUAUUAUGAGUAAUGGAGGUUUUGGCUUCAGUCCCUUCACCCAGGGCCCUGCUACACACCAGAACUGUGGCAGUGGUCAGACCUUCCUGACUGGUGUCUGGGGAAACACCUACCAGACCAGCUGGCAAAACCCUGGACAACAAGACCCUGGUCACAAUAUGGCUCAGACAGGACAGAUGGACUACUCUAAAGCAUGGGAGCAGUACUAUAAGAAGCUAGGUCAACAGAACCAGCCUCAGAGCUUGAUGACAGACUACAGUAAGGCCUGGGAGGACUACUACAAGAAACAGAGUCAGUCGUCUCAGCAGAGUUCGGUGCCAGACUACACUGCAGCGUUAGCAGAAUACUACAGACAGCAGCCCUACCUGUGGAACCCCGCCCAGAUACAGGAUCACUAGAGGCUCCUCCCUCGCCGGUGAAGGCCUCGGAUGGUCGUCAUUGGCAACCAAAUCAAGGUUUCCUAGCAACGCUCCGCCGCUUCCUCCUUCCUUUUGUAGAGAAAAACUAAGGAUUAACUGAAAAAUCACGAACUCUUUUCUUUCUGUUUUUUAACCUUACAAAGUUGAUAUUUUGUCGGGCAGAUUUUUUUGGAAUAGCCUCUGGUCUCUCCACAGUGUAGACCUGGUUUUUCUUUUUGUUUUAUUUUUUAUCAAACUUGAACUUAAAAAUGUAUCAGUGUGGCUUUGAACAAAAAAAAUCCAGUAUAAUCUAUAUUUUGUCUAGUUUUAUUUUCCAAUAAGAAAACGGUAUAAGGCUUAGCAGUCUUGAGUAAGAAAAUCAGAUAUUAUUAUUAUUUUGUUUAUGAUAAUGUUUUAAAGCAUGCGUCAGAUUGUGUGUGUGUUGACUCUCAGUUAUUUUUUUUUUUAUUUUUUUUUUUUUUUUUAUUUUGGCAUAGAAAUAUUUUAAUAGCAUCAGAUGGAAAUGUAAUGUUUUACCGUCAGAGACAAAACUGUUUUUUGUACUAAAUCUGUGCUCGCUGGGUCUGUUUGUUCUUGAUCUAAUUUUACCUGUUUAGUCGCCAUCUUGGAGGUGCAAUGACGCGUUUGUUUUCUUUUUGGUUUGAUGAUAGUUCUUAUUCCUGUAUCUCUAUAGUGAUUCUUUAGUUUUUAUGAUGUAACGAUGAAUAAAUGACGAUUUAUAUUGCGUUGUCUAAAGCCAGAUCUCUCUGUGGUCAAACACUUUGUGUCCUCCACAGGAUUUAACCUCCAGCCGACACCACGUUUCCCCGCCUCAACUUUCAUUACAAAAAGCGGGAAAAAUACUAUUUUCUUACAGAGUGAAACUUUAUUAUUAUUGUUGUUGUAACUUAGUUAUGCAUUUCUACUUUCCUGAUUUGUUUGUAGCAGAAGUGUUAGGAGCUGAACAAUGAAGUUAUCGAUUCUAUUAGCAAUGUAUUAGCUCAACGAGCGCGUCAGCUAAAUGCGCAAGUUAGCUGAACAAUAUUUGGUAGCAAAAAGGUGUGUGUUACCUCAACUGUGUGUUAGCUGGAUGAAUGUGGUGGUUGAAGUGUUUAUGUUAGCUGUGUGGUGUGUUUGUGUGUUAGCUAAAUGUUAGCAAAAUAAAUGUGGUGGCUAAAUUGUUAGUUAGCUGAAUGCACAAGUUAACUGAAAGAUGUCUCUUAGUGAAAAGAUAUCUGAACAGUAUGUGUUAGCUAAGCAGUGUGAGUAUUGAAAGUUGACUCAACAGUUGCUAUUUUCUACUGAACACGCGUGUUACAAAUUGUUGGUGGCUGAACUGUUAUUGUGUGUCCGGCGUGUAUGUUAGCUGGAUGUGUAGCUAUAAGCUAAACGUACGCUAGCUUAAAUUUGUUGUAUGCCGCGCUCGCAACAUAUCGCAUAGACAGUAAGUAGCUGAGUGAGAACUUUUAUAUCAGCCUCCUAGUUGCAAUUAACAGAACUACUAGCAAACCAGUGUAUAACAACUAUUUUCAUUAAUCGAUUAAUCUGCUGAUCAGGAAACUGAAAACGGCCCGUUUUACUUUCCCGCAGCCCAAGAUAAUUUCUUAAAAUGUCUUGUUUUGUCUGGCCAACAGUCCAAAACCCCAAGAUAUUCAGUUUACUAUCAUGUACAACAAAGAAUAAGAUCAAAUACUCGCAUCUGUGAAGCUGGAACCAGCAAAUAUUUGGCAUUUUUUCUCACAACGUCAAAAAGAUUGAUCGAUUAUCAAAAUAGUUUUCUGUCAAUCAUCGCAGCUCUACAUUCUGCUAAUUAAAGAAGAUACCUAAUUUAACUUGCUAACGAACUACCAAAACAAUGUAAAACGAUUAAAAAUAGGUAAUUUAGGCUUCACGUUCCAUUUAUCUGGUAUAACUACGUGGCUAGCAAGAAGGGGGUAACACCUGAGUGAUGUGUCAAUGUUCCCAGAUUCUCCCCGAUUCAGCCGACAUGGUGUGAAUGCACGUUGGCCGUUCUGCAAAAAAAAAAAAAAAAUUAUUCAUCAUAACAGAUAAUUCCGGCAAACCAGCGACAACAUGGUUCAGAGAGUCUUUGCUGGUAUUAAAAGCUAAAUAUUGACAUUAAUAAAAUCUCUUCAGUUAAUUAAAAACAAGCUGCCAACUGCCAAAACAACGUAAUGAUUAUUAAAAAUAGGAAGUUUAAGCUUAAUAUCCAUUGAGCUAGUAUAAUUACAUGGCUAGCAAACGGGUGUAACAUUUUUGAAUAAUUUGUCGUCGUUCCCAAAUUCUCCCCGGUUCUGCCGACGCGGUGUGAAUGUUCGUUAGCUAAACAAAGUGCGCUGGCAGUGUGAACAGGUUAGUUAAACUAUGUACGUUAGCGAAACUCUUGUGUGUGUGUGUUGUAGCUUUAUGGCGCUGAAUGUUCGUUAGCUAGCCGGUGUGUUGCGUGAACAUGUGUAUAAUAUUAGCUCAACUUGUGUGCCAAGUGUGUUGUGUGUGUGUGUGUGUGUGUGUGUUAGCUGUGCCUUGUUUCCGUUAAUGCUGGAUUAUGCUUCUCAAACAUGCACGUGUCAUUUCAGAAACUUUUUUUUAUAGAGCUGCAAUGAUUUGUCAAUCAACAGAAAAAUAAGCAGCGACUAUUUUGAUAAUCGAUUUAUCACUUUGAGUAUUUUUGUAAGAAAAUGUUUCAGCUUCUUGGGCUUUGGGGAAUUGGGAUGGAAAUUUUUCACAAUUUUUUUUGAAAUAUCAUUGAUCAAUCGGCAAAUCGAUUAAUCGAGAAAAUAAUCGACAGUUGCAGUUCUACCAUUUUAACGUUGUAAGACAUAAAAUAAAUUUUUGGUUUUCCUUUUUGAACCCACCACCCAACCGGAUUUUGGAUCUGCUAAGUAGCUUUUAUUUUAACGCACGUUUAUAUUUGGAAGAUUUGCCAGUCGGCCUCUCUUCACAAAUUCACAGAGAUGUUUAUGUGUGUCUUUGUAGAAGUAUUAUUCCAGCCUCAACUGUGUUUAGUCCGUAGUAUAGUAUAGUAGUAGUAUGUUUGUGAGUAGCUUGUGUUAUCUGUCUGGUGUGUAGGUGUUGGCUGAACAGUGUGUGCGUUAGCUAUUCGUUGUGUGUACGUUAAGGCUGGAUUAUGCUUCUCGAACGUGCACAGUUGUCGUUUCAGAGAAGUUUGUGUGGCUUUUUAUUCUUGUACAAAUGUAAAAGUAUUUUUUGCUUUUCCAUUUUGGAUUCACCAAUUCGCUUGAUUAACUCACGAUGGUAUUUGAAGACUUGCGAGUCGACCCACAGUUACCUAGAACACCCUUUGUUUUAUAAAUUCAGAGACAUUUAUCUAUAUAUAUAUACACGUAUGUAUGUAUGUAUAUGUAUUUGUGAAGUGUUAUUCCAGCCUUAACUGUAUAGUGUGUGCGUUAGCAGUGUCUUUUUGUCAGCUGAACAGUGUUUUGUGUUGGUCGUAUGUUGUGUCUGCGUGUGCUAAGGCUGGAUUACGCUUCGCAAACGUGCGCGUUGUUGUUUCGGAUACGUUUUCGAGCGGCUGUUUCAUAUUUAUGUGGAGGUAAAAGUAUUUUUGCUUUUCUUUUUUCGGACCCACUUCUCAACAGGAUUUUGCAUCUAGCAAUUAGCUUGAUUAGCGCUCGUCGUCGAGCGGUGGAAGUGAGAGCGCGUCUGUAUAAAUUCACAGAGACGUAUCUUCGCGGGUGUGAUUCCAGCCUUGGCUGUACACUUGUUAGCGUUGUGUGUUAACCGUCUGGUGUGCACGUCCGUGCGUUGGCUGAAUGUUGUGUGUUUGUUAGCUGAACGUGUGUCGGACCACAGAGAGGUUUGUCUGGCGUCGAGGGAGAUCUGGCUGUUGUUGAGUUGAAUAUUGAAUCAGUGGUUCCGCUUCUUGUAUGUGUGACGAUGAUGACGAUGACGAUAAUAAUAAUAAUGACGACGAUAAUAAUGAGUUCUCCUGUACAGGGGUCUAUUUAAAUCUGUUAAUCCAGUUAUGAAUAUUCAGUUUGUUGAUAAGAUAAUAUGGUUUGUGUAAAUUUCCACUCUCUGGCGGGUGCUCUCCAGUAAAAAAAAUGUACUUUGUUAUCCUGUUUAAAAAUGAUAUUGUUUAAUUCACAUGUUGUGUCUAACCGAUUUGCAAAGAGAAGCUGAGUAUGUUAUAUUCUCAAGACUGCUAGGCUAACUGUCUCUAUCUCUUCUCCUUGUCUGUCUGUCUGUCUCUGUCUGGACGCUGCCACGUUAAAAAGUUGGCAGGAUUUGAUGUUUUUCAACACGUCUGCAAUCGGACCAUGUGAUUACGAAAGCGUCACGAGUGCUGAGUGUUAUCGUCGCAGGCGUGUUGAACGGUCCCCCUGCAGCUUGUUAGCGUGGCGGCUCCGAGGCGAGGAGAGCUGUAGUGAAGGGGGUAAGUCCCCAAAAGAUUAUUAAAAAAGAAAACACCGGAGCGGACGGUGGACUGGUGUCCAGUUGCAGUUCCAGGCUUGGUGCGGACUAAACCAGCAACCAACUGCUCAGUGGGGUCACACCAAGCCUCCCAACGUCCCCAGAACCGGGACUGGACACAACAUCACCCGUCCGCUCCAGUUUAGAUCUUCCUAGUCCCAACCCCUCGUCCUGAAGGGGUGACUGGGAGCUUUUUGGUUUCAUGGUUUCUGUUGUUUUUCUAAUGGACAGACGUCCUAACUGUAACCUGCAGAUUUUUCUAUUAGAUUCUAUUGACAGAUAGUUGUGUAUGAACCCGAGCCACGAGACUGUCGGUGGCCGAGGAAGAGGAAGAUGGAUGAUGAUGACGAUGAUGAUUAACAUGAGGGCUAAUAAACAGGCUCAAUCUUUC